AUGGAUGUCCACGAACGCAUGGAGAUGAAGAUGUCCCUGACAAAGACCGAUGUAAGUCAAGUGGUGCUACCAUCAGGCGCCUCGGGCGAUGUCCCUUUGCUUCAUGCCCGCCACGUCCGCUCUGGGCAGUCCGCGAAGAAAAGGGCUACGUUUCCUGGGUUUGCUUUGUGCCAGUCAGGUGUCGACUUACGCGUGGAGCUUUGCUCGUGGCCUGCGAAUAAGUCGGACACGUGUCGCAAGCCUCCCAUCUUCAAGCUGAGGCGCCGCCUGGCCCCAGAGCCAGGUUCAAGUCGCUCUAAGCGGCCCAAUCAGGCGAAGCGCACUUUGGCGACUUUGGUGCCGUUGUUGGUUUGCAAGCCGUGGGCUCUGGAAGCACUGAAAUCUGCUGCUUGGGUCUCCAUCGUGUGGACGCGUACGCUCACAGGCAUCCUGCGUCUUGUUUCAGCUUCCUCUUACUCUUGCUGCUUUAAGUGUGACAGAGUCCCCACACGGGUACCGGAUGUGAAGAUGCAGAUUCCAAGGCUGGGCACUCAGAGGAAGCUUGCAUGCCAGGGGCUGACGUGGCCAAGCCAGAAAUCUCUCGGCGACCAUGAGAACUUGCCACGGCCAUUUCACAGAGGCUGCUGCGAUUCCGCUCUAGCUUUUGAUGCCAUGCCGACCCUGUGCAUCUCCAAAGCGUGUGCUUUGCUCCUCCCGCUUCCCGUGGCGAAGGCUUGCCAGCGCAGGCUCCGACGCUGA